AUGAUGAAGAUUCAAUCAACUGCUCCUAUAACACAACAUCUAUCAAGACAAUAUACUAACAGUUUAAAUACUGAUGGAGCUUCUGUAUUAAGUAGUAUUAAGAAUUCGGAUGAAUCAGUUAAUUUUAUCACUUUUAAUCAAGAUUGUUCAUGUGUUGCUUUAGGAUUAAAUAAUGGGUAUAAAAUAUUCAAUUGUCAACCUAAUUUCGGAAGAUGUUAUCAAUUUAAAAAGGAUGAAAGUAUAGGUAUAGUGGAAAUGUUAUAUUGUACUUCAUUAGUUGCCAUAGUUGGAUUAGGUGAAGAAAUUGGAUCAUCCCCUCGAAAAUUAAGAAUUAUCAAUACAAAGAAACAAUCAACAAUAUGUGAUUUAAUAUUUCCUUCAAGUAUUUUACGAGUUAAAUUAACUAAAACUAAAUUAAUUGUGGUAUUAGAAGAUCAAAUAUAUAUAUAUGAUAUUUCAACUAUGAAAUUAUUACAUACAAUUGAAACAAGUCCAAAUACAUUUGGAUUAUGUGCAAUAUCAUAUGAUCCAGAUAAACAAGGAAAUAAUUAUUUAGCAUACCCUUCCCCACCAAAAACAAUAACUCAUGAUUCUUUAUUAGCUAAUGGAAUAAAUACCAAUGGUGGAACCAAAUCAAUUCAAAAUAAUAUUCAUUCAGUUAGUAAUGCACCAAAUAGAAUUGGAGAUGUAAUAAUAUUUAACCUUUCGACAUUAGAACCAAUCUCGGUCAUUGAAGCUCAUAAAUCAACUAUAGCUGCCAUGGAAUUUUCUCAAGAUGGUACAUUAUUUGCUACUGCUUCAGAUAAGGGAACUAUUGUUCGAGUAUUUUCCGUGAAAACAGGUGUAAAAUUAUAUCAAUUCAGGCGAGGUACAUAUCCAACCAAAAUAUAUUCACUUCGAUUUAGUUCAGAUAAUCAAUAUGUCAUAGCUACAAGUUCAAGUUUAACGGUUCAUAUAUUUAGAUUAGGUGAAGAAGAAGCUUUAGCUAAUAAACAAAAAUCCAAAAGAUUAAAUAAUGAUAAACGGAAAUAUGAACCAAUUGCAGAAGAAAUUGAAGAAGAAGGUCAAAAUAUUAAAAAAGUUUCAUUACCUUCAGGUCCAUCUUCUCCAACUUCUCCAAAACCAAGAUCUAUAAAUAAUAAUAAUAACAACAGGAAAAGUUCUGUACUGGAAGAAGAUUUUGAGGAAAUAAGAGAUGAUGGUGAUGAUUCAGAUGCAAUGGAUGAUGAUGACGAUGAAGGGGAAGAACAAGACGAAGAAGGUGUCGACGACGACGUCGACUCAUUAGAUGUAAUCUCAUCUACUAAACAUAGAAAACUUUCACAAGGAUCAACAAAUUCAUAUGCAAGUAUAAAUUCCGAAGAUGUUGCCGGUGGAAAUAAAGACCUUUCUUCCUCCUCAUCCCCUAAAACCGAACCAUUAAUUGAUCAAACCAGAUUAUCAAUGGCUAGAUUAAUUAGAAGAUCUUCACAAACAUUAGGUCGCAAAGCGGCACAAAAAAUGGGAGAUUUUUUACCAUCUCGAUUUUCAUCAAUUUUAGAACCAACUAGACAUUUUGCAUCAUUGAAAAUUAAUGCAAUUAGUAAAGAUGCAAAAUCAAUUGCAGUUAUGACUAAUGUUUUACAACAUGAUUUUAUCCCACAAUCUUAUAAUAUUAAAGAUAAUGAUUCUAUUAAUAGUGGGAAUAAUCGAGAAUUGGUAGAAGUUAAUUUAUUACAUAUUUAUGUGGUGACUUCGGAAGGUGUAUUUUAUAUUUAUGGAUUAGAUCCGGAACGGGGUGGGGAUUUUUCCAUCAAAAAUGCAGGAAAGGUUUAUGAAAUUGAACUUUCUCAAGAUGAUAAUGGUAAAAUUUUAAAAGAAAAGAUUCAACAAUUGACAUUAAUUCCCCCAGAAAGACAAAAGAUCUUAGUUAAAGGUGGGAAAUUACCUGAUGAUGUAAUUGUAUCCACUUUAGGAUUAAACCCCAAGGUUCCAAUUAUGGUAUUGGGAACUCCUGAUAAGAACUUACCAUCAAAACCAAUUGAAAAACAAGUUUUCCUUGAAGAUUUAAAUAAAAAUCAAUUGAUUAAAGUUAGUAAUGAUCCUUCUGGAUUAGUUAACUUGGGAAAUACUUGUUAUUUAAAUUCUACUUUACAAGCAUUAUUUCAAGUUGAAGAUGUUAAUAAAAGAUUAAAUGAUUAUCAAUUAACAAGAUCAGCACUUUCACUGUCACCAAAUGAUGCAUUGGUUGUUUCCAUGAGAAGUCUUUUCCAACAAAUGGCUAAAAAACAUGAAACUAUUACCCCAACAUUAUUUCUUACCCUUUUUAGAAAUCUUUAUCCUCAAUUCGCGGAACAAUCUCAUGGAUUUUAUAAACAACAAGAUGCAGAAGAAGCAUUUUCACAAAUCUUAACUUCUUUAAGACAAUCUUUGAAAAUUGAUGAUUUAUUUAGGAUUACUUAUAAUACUGAAACUAAAUGUAUUGCAAUUCCUGAAGAUGUUGUAAUUGGAACUGAAGAAUCGUUUAAAUUGAAUUGUCAUAUUGAUAUUAAGACAAAUUUCUUAAGAGAUGGAAUAUUGGCCGGUUUAAAAGAAACUAUUGAAAAACAUAAUGAGAAUUUAGGUGCUAAUACUGAUUAUGAAAUCACUAAAACAAUUACAAGAUUACCAAAAUAUUUAACCGUACAUUUUAUGAGAUUCUUUUGGAGAAGAGAUAUAAAUAAGAAAUCUAAAAUUUUAAGAAAAGUUCAAUUCCCAUUUGAAUUAGAUUUAGCAGAAAUGUUAGACCCUUCAAUAAAACAAGAUAAAGUAAUUAUUAGAGAUAAAAUUAGAAAAGUUGAAAAAGAUAAUUUGGAUUUAGUUAGAGAUUUCAAAAAGGCUAAAAAAGAUACAACUUUAAACCCAUUAGAACAACAAGAAGAAGAUGAAAUGAAGAUUAUAUCAAUUAAAAGUAAAUUUAAAGAUGAUUUAGUUUCAGUAUUACCUGAUAAUAUUGAUCUUGAUAAAACUACCGAAAAUCCUUCUUCAGUAUAUGUCUUAAAUGCAGUCAUUACUCAUAUGGGUGCAAGUGCCGAUGGUGGUCAUUAUAAGGCAUAUGUCAAAGAUCCGGCGGAUAUUGAUGGGGAGAAAUGGUGGUUGUUUAAUGAUGAUAAAGUAAGUUCUGUUAGUAAGGAAAAAAUAGAAACAUUAUCUGGAGGUGGUGAAUCUGAUUCGGCUUUACUUUUAAUCUACAAAGGAUUAGGUUUGUAG